GUUCAGAGAGCGAGGGCUUCGAGUCGUUUCAGAGCGGAACCAGUCAGCCGAGGAGGGUCACGCCGGUGCUCGCAGAUUUAGAAACACUGUCAGCCGUGCGAGCGCGCGCAGCACGGAAGUAUCGUUUUACCAGAGCAGCGUUACCGACAGCUGUCUGCGGGGAAGCCGUGUUUCCAUCGCCUUUUAAAGGAAUGCGCGUAUGAAGGGGGGAAAAAGCUCUUCCGGUAACCGCGUGUUCACCUGCACAACCGCGAGCUCUUUUAGAGGAGAACCGUGAGGAAUCCCGUCGCGAGCGUCAUCUCCAGCAAGGAUUGCGUUUGUUCAGCGCGUGAGCCCGGAGUACAAGUGAUCAUCCCGUCGCUCAUCCGAGGACCGACGCGGUAACCAAACGUCACCACCGGGGUUUGCUUCAUCAACACCGGAGAGAGCGGCUCCCGUUACAUUUCUACACUUCAGAGGAAACUAAACUAUACAAACACACACCGGGGAAAAUGCCGCUCGCGCAGCUUGCAGAGCCAUGGCCCAAAAUGGAGCUGGUGCAGCUGGAGACGGAGAAUGGACAAAGCACAGCUGAAGAUGGGGUCGCUCCAGGGGUCAAGAAAGUGUGUGACAUCACGUGGGUGGAGAAGGACUUUGCCGAUGUUAACAGGAAGGAAGAUGAUGUCAUCAAAGAGAUCAACAUCACGCAUGUGGUCAAGGAAGGGGCGGAGAAGGCGGACCCCUCACAGUUCGAGCUGCUCAAGGUGCUUGGACAGGGCUCCUUCGGGAAGGUGUUUCUGGUGCGGAAGGUGACGCCUCCUGACAACAAUCAGCUCUACGCCAUGAAAGUUCUCAAGAAGGCCACACUUAAAGUGCGUGAUCGGGUCCGGACUAAAAUGGAGCGAAACAUCCUCGCAGAGGUCAACCAUCCAUUUGUAGUCAAACUGCACUAUGCCUUUCAGACGGAGGGGAAGCUGUAUUUGAUUUUGGAUUUUCUGCGGGGAGGUGAUCUCUUCACCAGACUGUCAAAAGAGGUGAUGUUCACGGAAGAAGAUGUGAAGUUCUACCUGGCAGAACUGGCUCUGGGUCUGGAUCACCUUCACGGUCUUGGCAUCAUCUACAGAGAUCUAAAACCUGAGAACAUCCUGUUAGAUGAAGAGGGGCACAUCAAACUCACAGAUUUCGGCUUGUGUAAGGAGUCCAUAGACCAUGAGAAGAAGGCCUACUCGUUCUGUGGGACGGUGGAGUACAUGGCCCCCGAGGUGGUGAACAGGCAGGGCCACAUCCACAGCGCUGACUGGUGGUCAUUCGGGGUACUAAUGUUUGAGAUGCUCACGGGAUCUCUGCCGUUCCAAGGGAAGGACCGUAAGGAGACGAUGAACCUCAUUCUGAAGGCGCGGUUAGGGAUGCCCCAGUUUCUAAGCACAGAGGCUCAGAGUCUGCUGAGAGCACUGUUUAAGAGGAACCCCACCAACAGACUAGGCUCUGGGCCAGACGGUGCUGAGGAAAUCAAACGUCACUCCUUCUUCUCAACCAUUGACUGGAAUAAACUCUUUCGUCGGGAGAUCAAGCCGCCAUUUAAACCAGCCGUGGCUCGACCUGACGACACCUUCUACUUCGACUCAGAGUUCACCUCCCGCACCCCCAAAGACUCCCCUGGUGUUCCCCCGAGCGCCGGAGCUCAUCAGCUCUUCCGUGGCUUCAGUUUCGUGGCCACGGCGCUGCUCGAGGAGGAGGGCACAGAGGAGUCCGCUCAACCGCCUCCCCACCCUGUGGUCCAGCAGCUGCACGGUAAGAACACGGCGUUCAACGAUGGCUACGUGCUAAAGGAGGAUAUCGGCAUGGGGUCGUUCUCCGUGUGCAAGCGCUGCGUCCAUAAAGCCACCAACACGGAGUACGCAGUCAAGGUCAUCAAUAAAACAAACACCGACCCUUCAGAAGAGAUCGAGAUUCUGUUGCGGUACGGCCAACAUCCCAACAUCAUCACUCUGAAAGAUAUGUAUGAUAACGGGAAGCUGGUUUUCCUGGUGACGGAGCUGAUGCGAGGCGGUGAGCUGCUCGAUCGAAUCCUCAAACAGAAGUUCUUCUCCGAGAGAGAAGCCAGCGCCGUGCUGCACACCAUCACCAAGACCGUGGAGUAUCUGCACUCUCAGGGGGUAGUACACAGAGACCUGAAGCCCAGUAACAUCCUGUAUGUUGAUGAAUCUGGAAAUCCGGAGUCUCUGCGGAUCUGUGACUUCGGUUUCGCUAAACAGCUCCGUGCGGAUAACGGCCUCCUGAUGACUCCCUGCUACACGGCUAACUUCGUCGCUCCUGAGGUGUUGAAGAGGCAGGGUUAUGAUGAGGCAUGUGACAUUUGGAGUUUGGGAGUGUUGCUGUACACCAUGAUAGCAGGUUUCACUCCUUUUGCUAAUGGUCCAGAGGACACGCCGGAGGAGAUCCUGGGUAGGAUAGGAAGCGGACAUUUCACCCUGACCGGGGGCAACUGGGACGCGGUGUCUGACGCAGCCAAGGAUCUGGUGUCUAAGAUGCUGCAUGUGGACCCUCAUCAGAGACUAACAGCGAAGCAGGUGCUCAAACACCCUUGGAUUGUGCAGAGAGAUCAGCUACCAAACAGCCAGCUGCAGCACCAGGAUGCCAAGCUCGUCAAGGGGGCGAUGGCUGCCACCUACUCGGCCCUGAAGAGUUCCCAGCCGACCCCCGAACUCAAACCUAUCGAGUCCUCGUUUCUCGCCCAGAGACGUGUGAAAAAGCUACCCUCCACCUCUCUGUAGAUACACAGAGAGCACGACGGAGAAGGAGCGCACCACUGAAGGGAACAAAAGCAGUACUGUACGAAAGCCACUCUGAAGCUCUGUAGACUGAAAACGCUCUCUUCACCUCGCACGUGCCAUCAGCAGGCUCACAGAGCUUAGACAAGCCGUCAAUCAGAGUAGACAGUGGCUGUGAUUGGCAGAUGGACAUUGGAGCACCAGGGUUUCAGUGUUCCAUAAAGGUUGUGUGUGUGUGUGUGUGUGUGUGGAAGAGUGCCAGAUAGAGCUACAAGCUCCCAUUCGGAAGCAGUCAAUAUUGGUGGCCUGUUUGUUGUCCUGCUGUUCUGUUCGUUCAUUUCCGUUUAUUCGUCUACGAUGUGGGUUUUUUUCCUGUUUGCUUUGUUUAAUGUAAAUGGCUAAAUCAGUUUGAUCCUGACUCUGAGUCUGGAAUACAAAGAGACUAUACACAGACUGGGAAUGUUUAAGCAUCUUUUUUUUUUUUUUUUUUUUUGUGCUAUGGAUAUAAAAGCAUGACAGUUGAGACUCUGACCAAGUGCAUUGUGGGUACAUGGGGUAGUUUUGCAUGGCUGCUGUGUAAAAUGCUGUGUCGUUGCUUCACAUGCUGCACAUUGCUUUGUGACACACUUUUGCACAGGGUUCUGGCUGUUCCAGUGUUUCCUUGCUUUUUUAAGUGUAUGAAAACAGGAUGAUGAUGAUGAUGAUGAUGAUGAUGAUGAUGAUGAAUUAAAUCUCCCAGGCCCGAGGCUCUCUAGUGACAUUGCUAAAGUCUUGUAUUUUUCAAUGCCGUGAUUUUUCUGGAUGUUGACUGCUGUCUUCUGUGUUUUCAUUGUUAGUUGUUUAUGAUUCUGUUGUUUUGUUCAUUCCGUCAAAGGAAAGUAAAAUAAUUUUAUAAACGCAUGCUGAGCACAACUGAGAAAAAGGUAAGAGCCAGACAAGUGACUGCAGGCCUUUGUAUUUGUUGUUGUUUGUGUUGAUUUUUUUUUUUUUUUUUAAAUAUAUAUUAUAAUCUGUUUUUCUUGUGUUCAGAUGCCAGUCGUGAAAGUGUAUGGAUUGGUAAUUUGCUGUCACACACGCUUAAUAUAGAGGAUUCCUUCCCAGACAUAAUAUCUGAACUUGCAUCCAGGUCUCUGAUCAUUUCAAAUGAGAGGAGGGGGGGCUACAGUAACUCCACCCACCUCUCCUUGUUUUCUGCUAAAUGACACUGACUUUAGGAAGGACAUGCAUGCUGUCAUAGUCUAGAUUUUGACAGACAUUUUCAAAAUCAUCAUCUGCAUUGAGGUACGGUGUCAAAAUGAUUCACAGGUUCAUCUGUCAUUUUGGCCAGACAGGAGGGAGUUUUUACAUUUCAUAUAUUUGACACAAAAAAAAAAAAAAAAACAUUACAUUAAAAUAUAUAUAUAUAUAUAUAUAAAGUUAUAUUGAAUCAUUUAGGAGUGAUUCAGAAUGAAAUGAUGUGUGCUGAAUCAUUAGCAAAUGGCUCAAUAUGAAAAAUUUAAAUUAUGAAUCACUAUAACAUGGGUUCGGUUUAAGUUAUGAUUCACUCCUAAAUGAUUCCCUUAAGAGCCUCUUAUAAAUAUCGCUUUUCAUAUUGAAUCGCAUAUUAUUAAAUGACUCAACUGAUCCAGUGAUUCACUCCUAAAUGAUUCCCUUAUGAGCCUCUUACAAACAUCGCUUUGCUUUUCAUAUUGAAUCGCUUAUCACUGAAUGACUCAAGUGAUCCAAUCGAUCGCUAGCAAAAGACUCGAUUAGGUGUAGACAUUGAAUCACUCCUUAACAACUCUGUGGUCAUUAUACUUAACUGAAAGGGCAGUGUGUGGUAGAGCAGUGUGUGACAGCUGAUGGUGUUUUAGGGCAGAGUAAUUAUGUGACGCGUCUUUGUACUGUACAUGUUGUUAAAGUAUAUUAUAUAUAUUUUCCUGUGUUCAGAAGCGAUUUGGUUUCUAGACCAAGGAAGUUUGGUCGAAAACUUCUUUCCGCCUGUUUGCUUCAGAGAUUUGACCUAAAGUGGCACUUGCUUUCUUCAUGUCUUCUGUAAAGAAAAAGAAAAAAUGCUUUAAAAAAACAAAAGUCUCUUUCUAUACUUUAGGAAGGAUGGGUAUUUAUUUGAUGUGGGCUGCUCAAAUGGUUUGUAACACUGAUCCCGGGGGGGUGUACGGUGCUUUCUGUGUGUGUUUGUAUGCGUGUGCUCGUGUUGUUGGGAUGACAGUCUUCUAGAGUGUAUGUUCUUGUUCUCUGAAGAACCAGAGUCAGGUCUAUUCAGUUCCUGAUGCAUUUCUAUUAAACUCAGUUUUUCUGCCCUCCA